AUGUCGACCGAUGUGAAAAACCUGGAGGGUCUCCACACCCUACAUGUCAAACGCCAUGUCACCCCAACUUCUUCUGGCUCCACUGUGGUGAGCUACGCUAAGGACCUGNGGGACGGUCCUGUCCUGUGGCUCGUCCAUGGCUACCCUCAAUCUGCCUACAUUUGGCGUCAUGUACGAUCCUACAAAUCGCUCAAAAUGCCAUCCUUAUUAAUCAAGUCAUCAGNNAUUAUCCCUCAAGUGCAGGACAAAAUCUCCCUAUUCGUUCCUGAGGCCGGGGUUGCCGCCGUCGGCGCCGCUCUGCUUGAGGCGAGCCACAAACUGUUCCCUAACCGUCCCAUCAUUUUAGCCGGCCACGACCGCGGUGCUCGCGUCUGUCAUCGUCUUGCUGUUUCCAAUGCCCAUCCACCUCAAGAUGACUCUGCCAAUCUGCAUUCUUAUAAACUCCUAGGCACUGUUCUGCUUGACAUUGUGCCUACCCUGAUCCAGUGGCAGUCUUUUGCUCAUCCUUUGGCCAGCGCCGCUUACUUUCACUGGCCAUUCCUGGCAUCUCCUGUCGCAGCAGACAUGAUUGAAGCCUUUGGUGCUGCCAAAUGGACACGCCUCGGCCUCGACCGCAUCUGUGGAGACAAUCCCGAAGGUCGUAAAGCAAUGCAGUCCGACGACGCUUGGGAGGUAUACGAGACAUUACUCUCAAAACGUGAAGCCAUUGAAGGUUCAUGUGCCGACUACGCAAGCGGCUGCUACGAUGAGCCUCCUCUCCAGGAAGCUGACCAGCGUGAGGGCCGCAAGAUCCAAGGUCCUACGCUUGUCAUGUGGAGUAAAGCCAGACUGGGCAAAAUGCAUGGCGGUGACCUUGGAUCCAUCUGGAAGAAUUGGGUUCAAGAUGCUUCCUCGCUGACCGCCGAAGGCGUUGGUGAUGAUGUUGGACAUUAUCUGCCUGAGGAGGCAAGCACCAUCAUCGGAGCAGCCAUCAAAGACUUUGUCGACAAGUUGACAAAGUGA